CAGCAUCUCAAUAAAACAAAAGCGCAUCGCCGCCGGUCAGAUACGUGAUGUAAAGCAGUUACACAGAUUGUUUAAAUCUUCGUUUAGUAAUCAGGUGACAAGAGCUUGACUGAGCAGAUAAUCUAGUUUAAAGUGUUCGCGUCGUGUGAUAAUAUUGCUGUCCGUGAGACUCACUGGUUGCUGUGUUAUCAGGUGUAUGUGUGAGGUAAAUAAGACGCGAAAUUCUUAAUGAUUCGAAAGCCGAUGGAUUGUACGCGUUAAUUCGGCGACCAACAUCAUGACCGCCGUCUGCAAAAAGUGAAAGACGUGCACUGCUGGUUUAUUUCACCUCACGUUUGACAUCACAGUUGGACCAAUUUGAUACGCAGACAGACACAAACGAAAACGAAAAUGCCAGUGGCGUCUGCCAGCUCUGACUCAGCAAUGCUGAGUCUUCUGGACACCUUGAGUGACAGCACCAGCUCCACCACAGCCAAUGACCUGGACCUCAUCUUUCUGAAAGGAAUCAUGGAGAGUCCAGUGUCUCGAGAGCACUACGAAGAGCCAAAGCUGGAGGCGGUGAGGGACAAUAAUUUGGAGUUAGUGCAGGAUAUCCUGAGAGACCUCACCACCCUCACAUCUCACAGUCAGGCGGCACACGAGCUCGUCUGCAUCCUCAAAGAGCCUCACUUUCAGUCUCUGCUUGAAACACAUGACUCUGUAGCUUCCAAAAGCUAUGAGACUCCGCCUCCCAGCCCCUGUGCGUUCAUGGACCCUGCGUUCAUCAACCAGCCUGUUCCCCCUGAUGCUGUCAGGAUGGUGGGCAUCCGCAAAGUGUCUGGAGAGCACCUGGGUGUGACGUUUCGGGUGGAGGGUGGAGAGCUGGUGAUUGCUAGGAUUCUGCACGGGGGCAUGAUAGAUCAGCAGGGCCUGCUGCAUGUGGGUGACAUCAUCAAAGAGGUGAACGGAAAAGAGGUCGGGAGCGACCCAAAGGUUCUUCAGAAUAUGCUGAAAGAGUCCAACGGGAGUGUGGUCCUCAAAAUCCUCCCCAGUUACCAAGAACCACACACACCUCGACAGGCCUUUGUAAAGUGUCACUUUGACUAUGACCCCAGUCAUGACAACCUGAUCCCCUGUAAAGAAGCUGGACUCAAAUUCAGCAGUGGAGACAUCCUUCAGAUCUUCAACCAGGAGGACCCUAACUGGUGGCAGGCGUGUCAUCUGGAAGGAGGCAGUGCUGGCCUGAUCCCCAGUCAGCUGCUUGAGGAGAAGAGAAAAGCUUUUGUCAAGAGAGACCUGGAGCUCACUAGCACAGGGGCUCUGUGUGCAGGGAUGGGGGGUAAGAAGAAGAAGAAGAUGAUGUACUUGACCACCAAGAACGCUGAGUUCGAUCGGCACGAGUUGAGGAUUUACGAGGAAGUGGCCAAGGUGCCUCCAUUCCGCAGGAAGACGCUGGUUCUGAUUGGAGCUCAGGGAGUGGGACGCCGUAGCUUGAAAAAUAAGAUUUUGGUGUCGGACCCGCAUCGUUAUGGAACCACAACACCCUACACAUCUCGUAAACCCAAGGUGGAUGAGAAGGAGGGGCAGAUGUACCUGUUCAUGUCUCGCAGCGAGAUGGAAGCUGACAUUAAAUGUGGCCGGUUUCUGGAGCACGGGGAAUACGAUGCAAACCUGUACGGCACCAAGAUCGACUCCAUCCAUGAGGUCGUGGACUCCGGCAAGAUUUGCAUUUUGGAUGUCAAUCCGCAGGCACUCAAAGUUCUGCGAACAGCCGAGUUUCUUCCAUAUGUGGUGUUCAUUGAAGCCCCAAACUUCCAGGUUCUGAAAGACAUGAACAGAUCUGCCAUCGACGCUGGUGUUGUGACUAAACAGAUGACGGACUCAGAACUCAAACGGACGGUGGACGAGAGCGAAAGGAUCCAGAGGGCGUACAGUCACUAUUUUGACCUGAGCAUUGUGAACGACAACCUUGACGGAGCAUACCGCAGCCUCAAGAGGGCGCUGGACAGACUCAAUACAGACCACCAGUGGGUUCCUGUCAGCUGGGUCUUCUGAGAGUAAUUCACCAGUUGGGUUCUUCUCACAGUGGCUAGAGUCUAGUUACCUGCUGUAAUCUACGUGAACUUGCCUGUUCUUUAGAUUUUUGCACAGAAAAUCAUGACAAUACAAAGCUAGUUUAUUAUUUUGUAAAAAAAAAAA